AUGCCUGCUUUAGAGGAUGAGGAAGAAGAGGAUGAUCUGGAAGCAAAAUCUGAGGUCAAGGCUGAGGAAAAUGUAACACCAAUAGAAAAUCCAAAAGCAAAGACUGAAGAAAAAGCAGAGUCCAAAGAUGCUCUGGAGGCCAAGCCUGAAGUAAAAGAAGAUCCAAAAGAAGCCCCCCAGGCAAAGGCAGAAGAUAAAGGGCAGACUAAAGCAGCAGAGGCUAAGACCAGGACUCCAGGAAAAGAGGCUCCAAAAAGAGUUCCUGAGGUCACGCCUGAAGAAAGAGCUCUUAAAAGAGCUCGCAAAGGAAAGCCUAAAAGAGAAGAUCCUAAAGGCAUUCCCGACUAUUGGCUGACUGUGUUCAAGAAUGUUGACAAGCUGGGGCCCAUGAUUCAGAAGUAUGAUGAGCCCAUUCUUAAGUUCCUUUCUGAUGUUAGCCUGAAGUUUUCAAAACCCGGCAGGCCUGUAAGUUACACAUUUGAAUUUUGCUUUCUACCCAAUCCAUACUUCAAGAAUGAGGUGCUGACCAAGACAUACAUAAUAAAGUCAAAGCCAGAUCGCAAUGAUCCCUUCUUCUCUUGGGGCUGGGAAAUCCAAGAUUGCAAAGGCUGUAAGAUAGAUUGGAGAAGAGGAAAGGAUGUCACAGUGACAACCACCCAGAGUCACACAGCUGCUACUGGACAAGUUGAAACCCAGCCAAGAGUGGUUCCUAAUGCAUCAUUCUUCAACUUCUUUAGCCCUCCUGAGAUUCCUACUGUUGGAAAGCUUGAACCACGAGAAGAUGCUAUCCUUGAUGAAGAUUUUGAAAUUGGUCAAACUUUACAUGAUAACGUCAUCCUGAAAUCAAUCUAUUACUAUACAGGAGAAGUCAACGGUACUUAUAAUUUCGGUAAAGAUUAUGGAAACAGGAAAUAA